AAUAUUGAAGUGAUUGGUGAUCGGUGUCGGACACUGUCGGUAAAGAUGGCAUUCUGGCCGCUGACCAUUGAAAUUAUUGUAACGUUUUUAUUGUCGUCAUAUCUAUUGAACCGAUUCGGCAAUUGGUUGGACCAAAACAUUGUGACCACUGUCUCGGUGUUCAUCUCGUGGUUCUUCUCAUUCCUCGUCAUAUUUAUUCUUCCUUUAGAUAUCUCAACGACAACUUACUUACAAUGUCUUAACGAUCACGACAUGCGAAAUGUGAGUCAUUUGAAUGUAUUUGAAGACACUAUGGAUGUGAUGAAUGUGUCAAACAUAACAACGACACCAUUACCUCCAAAUAUGGAUAAUCCAUGUUUAGAGCCGUGGAGUUAUGCCCCGAAUCAAGUAUUGCCGACACUUUGGCGUAUAGUCUAUUGGACAUCACAAAUGCUUACUUGGAUUGUAUUACCUCUAAUGCAAUCGUAUUGUAUGGCCGGCGAGUUUUCAAUCGGCGGUAAAUUAAAGGCCGCUUUUAUAGAGAACGCUAUAUAUUACGGCAUAUUUUCUGUCAUUUUUGUAAUAUUUUUGAUUUAUGUGUCAAUCAAAACACAACUUAACUUCGAGGGUAUAAAAAUUAUUUGCACAACAGCUUCAAACACGUGGGGACUCUUCUUAUUGGUUGUCUUAUUGGGUUACGGAUUAGUAGAGAUCCCCCGAUCGUGUUUUAAUGUCAGUCAUUAUGGCCGAUCUUUGAAUUAUCUUUACUUCAAAGUUGCAAAAUUAAGUGCAGAAAAGUGUGAAUCUGAUGAAAAACUAGAUGAUGUCUUGGAUGAAAUUCAAACGUGUUUAGAGUCACUGAGAGGCGAUCACGACCCGAUGCGUCCAUAUUUGGAUAUUAUUGUCGACAAAUGUCCUCUUGAUUGGAGACAUCAAAUGAUGAAUCGUUUGGCACAAACCAGUGCUCAAUCAGUCAGUUAUUCAGGAAAUACAUUCAAUGAGAAGACAUUGACGAGAAUGCAUAAGAAUAUAAUUCAAGCGAUGCAAACAAACCACAGAACACAUUGUAAAUGGAAUGUAUUGAUCACUGAUUCCAUUGAAUGUGAAGACAUUUCCAAAAAUGAAAUCAAUGUUAACCGACAUUUCAGACCUACCAUUGAAUCGCGUCCUAAAUCAGCGUUGACUAUGUUUAUCAAGACAUCAAUAUAUACUCCAAGAGUAGAGUGGUAUUGGAAAUGUUGUGUUCGGUCGCCUUUCUAUCGGCUUCUCGGCUAUUGUUUGACUAUAUUGUCAUUAAUGGUCAUUUGGUCCGAAAUGACUUUUUCAAUUCAAUCCAUUCCUCUCAGUAUUUUUGCACUAAUAAUGGACUCAUUGAGAAAUAAUUACAACUAUUUUUUUGUUGAGUCAUUUUCAAUUCUAGUGAUCGCUUAUCUCUGUGUUUGCGCUUAUUAUACAGUAUUCAAAAUAAGGAUUUUUAAUUAUUAUUAUUUGUCAGCACACCAUCAAACUGAUGAAUAUAGUCUAAUAUUUUGUGGAAUGCUAUUAUGUCGUUUGGCUCCACCGCUAUGUCUUAAUUAUUUAGGACUCAUACAUCUUGAUUCUCAUAUAACUCACAAAGUAAUGAAAGAGGAGACGGCAUUCACUAAAAUUAUGGGUCAUUUGGAUGUUAUAUCAUUCAUAGGCGACAGUUUCGCUAUAUAUCUUCCACUUUGUAUUUGUCUCUUUUGUUUGGCCACAUUCUUCGAGUUUGGCGCUAAACUGUUACAUAAUUUAGGUUUUGAACAGUUUAUAUUAACUGAUGAAAUGACCACUGAAUUGAUACGCGAAGGUCAAGAACUCGUCAAAAGAGAGAAGAAUAAGAUUUUGCGACAAUUAGAACCCAAUAGCACUCAAACACUUAGAUUUAAAAAAGAUCCACCAAUUGGUGGUCACCAACAACAUCAACAACCGAUAUCACCGGAACAAAUGAUAAGUAGAGACAACUCUGAGGAUAAUAUGCGACAAGAAUUAAUUAGAGAGUCAGAACCCAUCGGUUAUUCGACAAAUUGGUCGUACAAUUCAACAGCGAGGCCUCCAAAAGGAUUAUUUGAUGAUAUUUAAGGAUAUUUUUAUGAUAUUAUCUGUAUUUUUAUUCCCAAUAAUUUAUUGAUUCUAGUCAUCUGUUGUUAAAUCUGUGGUUUAAAACAUUUAAGUUUAAAAUUA